AUGGAGGGUGCUGUCUUCAGUUUGACGGAGGGUGCAGUCAGGAGCCUGCUGUGCAAGCUUGGCUGCCUUCUAACUGAGGAUACUUGGCUGGUGCAGGGUGUCCAUGGUGAGAUACAGUACAUCAAGGAUGAGCUCGAGUGCAUGAAUGCAUUCCUACGCAAUCUGACCAUAUCACAGAUUCAUGACGACCAAGUUAGGAUCUGGAUGAAGCAGGUGAGGGAGAUAGCCUACGACUCUGAGGAUUGUAUUGAUGAGUUCAUCCAUAACCUAGGGGAGUCAUCAGAAAUGGGAUUUUUUGGUGGGCUCAUAUCUAUGCUUCGCAAGCUAGCCUGUCGUCACCGAAUUGCUCUCCAGCUACAAGAACUGAAGGCCCGUGCUCAGGAUGUCGGUGACCGGCGUUCAAGGUACGGGGUGGAGCUAGCAAAGGCCACACAUGAAGAAGCACAUCCAAGACUCACCAGGCAUGCCUCUCUCCAUAUCGAUCCACAGUUGCAUGCUCUCUUCGCGGAGGAGGCUCAGCUGGUUGGCAUCGAUGAGCCUAGGAAUGAGCUCGUCAGCUGGCUGAUGGAAGAGGACCUUCGGCUUCGUGUGCUUGCUAUUGUCGGGUUUGGUGGCCUUGGGAAGACGACGCUGGCAAGGAUGGUGUGUGGAAGCCCUGUGGUGAAGAGUGCUGAUUUUCAGUGCUGUCCAUUGUUCAUCAUUUCACAGACGUUCAACAUCAGGGCACUUUUUCAGCACAUGGUAAGGGAGCUAAUCCAGGAGCCACACAAGGCGAUGGCAAUAGCAGGAUGCAAGCAUGGCCUUAUUACAGAUGAUUACCUGGAGGGAAUGGAAAGGUGGGAGGUUGCAGCACUGACUAAGAAUCUCAGGAGGUAUUUCCAAGACAAAAGGUACAUUGUGAUCCUUGAUGACAUAUGGACUGUAUCGGCAUGGGAGAGCAUCAGAUGUGCAUUGCCUGACAACUUAAAGGGUAGCAGGAUAAUAGUAACCACCCGGAAUGCAGAUGUGGCCAACACGUGCUGUUCUCGUCCCCAAGAUCGGAUUUACAAUAUCCAGCGACUAUCAGAAACGACAUCACGAGAACUGUUCUUCAAGAAGAUAUUUGGUUUUGCAGAUGAUAAAUCACCAACUGAUGAGUUUGAGGAAGUGUCAAAUUCCGUUUUGAAGAAAUGUGGAGGCUUGCCAUUAGCAAUAGUGAACAUCGGCAGCCUUCUCGCAAGCAAGACAAAUAGGACCAAGGAGGAGUGGCAGAAGCCUGUGAGGACUGAUUGGACUGGCAAGGUGAGGAGCUGCAGAGUUCAUGAUUUGAUGUUAGAUGUCAUUGUCUCCAGGUUUUUCCAGCUGAAGUACCUAAGCCUCAGAAAUACCAACGUGUCCAAAUUACCUCAUCUUCUAGGGAAUCUGAAACACCUAGAGACGCUGGACAUUAGGGCAACUCUUAUCAAGAAGCUACCAGCUAGUGCAGGCAACCUGAGUUGUCUCAAGCAUUUGUUUGCGGGGCACAAGGUACAGCUUACAAGGACAGCCAGUGUGAAGUUCUUGAGACAAUCUUCAGGUUUGGAGGUGGCGACUGGGGUGGUCAAGAACAUGGUGGCUCUGCAAUCACUUGUCCAUAUAGUAGUCAAGGAUAAAUCGCCAGUACUGCGGGAAAUUGGCCUGCUGCAAAAUCUGACAAAGCUCAAUGUUCUCUUGCGCGGUGUGGAAGAGAACUGGAACGCAUUCCUUGAGUCUCUGAGCAAGUUGCCUGGCCCUCUUCGCUCUCUCUCCAUCCACACUCUGGAUGAGAAGGAGCACAGCUUAUCACUGGAUAAUCUAGCCUUUGUUGAGUCGCCUCCUCUAUUCAUAACCAAGUUUAGCCUGGCCGGUGAGUUGGAAAGGCUACCUCCAUGGAUACCAUCGCUUCGAAACGUAUCCAGGUUUGCUCUUCGUCGCACCGAACUCCAUGCUGAUGCCAUAGGAGUUCUUGGGGACCUGCCAAAUCUGCUCUGCCUCAAGCUCUAUCACAAAUCAUAUGCUGACAACUGCAUAGUUUUUUGUCACGGUAAAUUCGUGAAGCUCAAGCUGUUGAUCAUUGAUAAUCUGGAGAGGAUAGAGAAGAUGCAGUUCGAUGCGGGUUCAGUGACUAAUCUGGAGAGGCUGACAUUGUCAUUCCUGCGAGAACCCAAGUAUGGGAUUUCAGGUCUGGAGAAUCUACCAAAGCUGAAGGAGAUCGAGUUCUUUGGCGACAUCAUAUUAUCUGUGGUGACCAAAGUGGCAUCAUGCGUGAAGGCGCAUCCUAACCACCCAAGAGUCAUAGGUGACAAAUGGAAUAUUGUAACGGAGUAUGCGUAA